UUCCUGCGGGUGUGAACUCAUGGCUCUGCUUUGUAUCGACAUGGUGGAGGAUUUAUGACAGCGGCAGCGCUGCUGGGAGACAAACAAGGACGUUUUUUCGGGGUCGGGGACUAUUUUUUUUUUUUUCCCCCUCCGCGCUCCUCUCUCGAUCCCACACCGAGCGUUUCUCAACCCAGCGUGAUUCCAGAGGACAUGGAGGCUUCGGAUUGGGCUGUCCAUCGUAAGUCUGAUGAGUGAAGGUGCCGGCAGCCCGCUCCUGCACCGCGAUGGUCGACAUGGAGAGCCACUACCAUCCCCCUUCACCCCUGGAGGACUCGGUGCUGGGCAGCCCCCUGUGCAACGAUGAUGACUUCAUGGGCGGCAUGGAGGAACUCCAGGACAUCUCCCAGUCCAUCAAAGAUGACGCUCUCAGCUCUUUUGAUGUCCCCGAAUACCAGUCCUCCAGCAAUGGCUCGGAAGGGUCCACUGUUCUAGAUGCCCUGACGCCAGCAUCCAGCCCCUCGUCGGUUGUUUACGGGUUGGCAGCGGGCCAGGAUGAGUUCUCGUCCGCCUCCUCAUCGCUGAAUCUGGAGUGUCGAGUUUGUGCUGACCGCGCCUCGGGCUACCACUAUGGAGUCCACGCCUGCGAGGGCUGCAAGGGUUUCUUUCGGCGGACCAUCCGUCUGAAGCUGGAGUAUGACAAGUGUGAGCGUCGCUGCAAGAUCCAAAAAAAGAACCGCAACAAGUGCCAAUACUGCCGCUUCCAGAAGUGCCUGUCAGUGGGAAUGUCCCACAACGCCAUCCGUUUUGGCCGGAUGCCCCAGUCGGAGAAGCUAAAGCUGAAGGCGGAGAUGGUAACGGGGGACAGGGAGGUGGGAGACCCCCAUGUGGCCGACCAGAAGAUGCUCGCCCGGCAGAUUUAUGAGGCUUACCUCAAGAACUUCAACAUGAACAAGGCCAAGGCUCGAACCAUACUCACCGGCAAGACCUCCACACCUCCUUUCGUCAUCCAUGACAUGGAGACCCUCAAGCUGGCAGAGCAGACACUGGUGGCAAAGAUGGUGGGCUCAGUGGGGACGCUGAAGGACCGGGAGGCAGAAGCUCGGAUUUUCCACUGCUGCCAGUGCACGUCGGUGGAAACCGUCACCGAGUUGACAGAGUUUGCAAAGUCCGUCCCCGGGUUCUCGAGCCUGGACCUCAACGAUCAGGUGACUCUUUUGAAAUACGGCGUGUACGAGGCCCUCUUUGCCAUGCUCGCCUCCAGUAUGAACAAGGACGGGCUUCUUGUAGCGUACGGCUCGGGCUUCAUCACCCGGGAGUUCCUCAAGAGCCUGCGACGGCCGUUCAGUGACAUGAUGGAGCCAAAGUUCCAGUUUGCAAUGAAGUUUAACGCAUUGGAGCUGGACGACAGUGACCUGGCUCUGUUUGUGGCCGCUAUCAUCUGCUGUGGAGACCGCCCAGGCCUGGUGAAUGUGGCGCACAUCGAGCGAAUGCAGGAGAGCAUUGUGCAGGUGAUACACCUCCAUCUGCUGGCCAAUCACCCCGACAACUCUUUCCUCUUCCCCAAGCUGCUGCAGAAACUGGCUGACCUCCGGCAGCUAGUCACUGAGCAUGCCCAGCUGGUGCAGGAGAUCAAAAAGACAGAAGACACUUCACUGCACCCGCUCCUGCAGGAGAUCUACAGAGACAUGUACUGAGGGGUUUAUGGAGGAAUAACCAGGAGAGGCACUUUACAAAUCAACUAUUUCAGGGACAGAAGAGGAGUCCUCCAUAAGCUAGGUUGAACCACUUAAACCCCCAUCCCAUAAUGCAGCAAGAGUUUGGCUUCUGGUUUAGCACACCGGGUCCAGUUAAGGCCUUGGCAAGAGGCUAGUGGUUCUCUUGGUUUGACACAGUGCUCUCCACUCCAUUGUGUGGACCUUCAUCGGCAGAAAAGUCAUGAAUGCAAAGACGUGAUGUACAGCUGAUUGAGCCCCAAUCUAGAAACCAGUGUAUGCAAUCGCUGACCAAACGCUAACUGCUAAUUUGAAGUAUCGGAGGUGAUCUCCAUGGUUAUCCCUAUCCUGACCCUUAACAAGCCCUAAAAAUGAGGAAAGAAAGUGAACUCGACAGUCACCACUCCAGCAGUAUGCUUGAAAGAAGAUUUUUGUACCGAUGUCAAAGAGCCAUAUACAUUCAAAGCUAACAACACCCAAAUGACUGCAGCGGGCAGCAACACUAAGAUAGAGUUUUCAAGAAGGGCAGCUUCUGCCAAAUUGCACCAGCUGUACUGUAAGUCUUCUAAGCCAUACUGUGUUUGUAAUGAUACCGGAAAUGAACAAUGUCUUUCAUAUUCCUUUCUCUUCCUAACAGCGGAAUAUUGUUGGUUGUGGAUUAUCAUCACGUAUUACUCAAUUUCUCUACCAACUGUACAGGCAAUAGUAUUUUUCAACUUCAGAAUAAGCUAGCUAAAUCUUAGUUUAUAAGAAAUGUUCUCAAGACUGAAAUAAUCGGAGGCAGAGAUUCACUGUGUACACGCACCACAAUGCACGUCCGAAGCAUGAACACGCCCGUGAUAUGUUAAUAUGACACCAUUUUAUACUGGACCUCUGUUGAAUGCCUUUUUCACAAAACACAUGCACAGACAUUUGGCACUCCAUCCUGUUUUGCAUCCUGGCGUUCAAGGGUUAACACCCAGAUAAACCGCAUUGCAACCUUUAUACAGGCAGACUUUAAGCAGAUUUGCCAGAAAUUCAUACAUCUGUUUCUUAAUUUCUCACUCAGUGAAGCCCUGUUUACUCCAGAAUAUGUCUCAUUGUUUUGUUUCUCCCAGUUAGUCGUGCUUGGUCUCUCCUCCUGUCAGUCUAUCUGUCUUCUAGUGUAUUUCUCAGGCUUUCUUUGGUCCUCAUAACACAUGCAAUUAUUAAGAUUCCGGGGUCUUACGUGCCCAUUUUUACAUGAUGGCAAAUGAAAACCAUUGCUCUUUUUUUCAUAGAGAAAAAUCAUAAAGUGAUGCCCUCAUAGAUUAAACGGAUACUUUGACAAUUUAGCAGGGUUAAACAAGUUGCCGGGGAUUGAUGAAGACCAAAUACAUUUCCACAAGUUGUUUUUGUCUUGACUAUAACUGUGCAUGUGAAGAGGCCACUCUUGUAUUUUGUUGUCAUGUUGCCUUUUGUAGAAAAUGAACAUGCUACGCAGAAGACCUACAGUAAGGGAAUGUUGAUAAGGAACUAGUAAAAAAAAAAUGCAUGGCUGAUACUUUGGA